AUGUCGGGGGCUCCACCAUACGGGCUACGUUCUCCUUCAGCCCAACCAGCUAAUUACAACAACCAAUACUCGCCCACGAACCGCUCCUUUUAUCCAAAAAGCAAUGAACAGUAUCAGCAGCAUCCUCCCGAAACCCCCCAGCCCUUCUCUUCAUCAUACUCUCAAAGUCCGCAUUUUGGCCAUGCAACCUCACCACGGCCCGGUACUCUGCCUCCCUUGAACGGUGCUUCUCAUCCCGACGCAUCACCGUACCAGGCCCAGCACCCAGCACCCAAUUUUCAAUUGCCUCGUAUUCAUUCAACGCACACCAUGUCGGAUACUCGCUCUACCGCCUACGCCCAACACGGCGCGCCUCAUUCGCACCCCCCUGGCCACCAGGACGGCCACUUAUUGUCCCCCAAAAAGGAACCUGAAACUUCUUUGAAUAUGGUUCGCGGAAAUGCUCCUGCGUACUCCUCCCAUUCACCAACGGUGCGCCCUCCGUCGCCCAAGGAAACCAAACCUGCUCGAGCUGCGGAUCCAAUGUCUUUCGCUAGCAUCCUUUCAGAGCCUACCGAAGAUUCAACUCCACGAAGACUUUCUCCGCCGCCACCACAGCCUGUCAGAGCCGAGCCUGCCCCGGUAACACCAUUGCCGCGAUUGGAGAAGAAACCAAGCCAAGAAAAACGACUUCUACCUGUGAACAAUGAUGAUAUUACCACCCUUCGGGCUUCUCCGAGUAUCGUUGCUGUGGAGAAGGAAAAGUCUCCUGUGCAGCCUCGCAUCCCAAAGCCACCGCGUUUGACUGAAAAAGACCUCGAAGCAAUCGAAAAGUGUGUUGCAGAGAUUGACAAGGCUGAUAAAAGCGAUGUGGAAGAUGCUGGUUUCGAAGCGGACUUGCAGAAAUUUCUCACUAAGAGCAAGAGGCGAGCAGUGGAGGCCGAUAUUCUGGAAUUGCAGAAGCGAAAGCGCCGUCGCAACCAUUUCCUCCAACAGUUAGGUGAGCAUUUCGCUCAGGGUGCGGAUGCUGGUGCCGAACGUUUCAGAAAUAGAUACGAGCCUACUGUCAUUCUCGAAGUUCAACGGAAAGAGGUUCAAGAUGAGAAGGAGCGAAAGAAGGAUAUGCAGCGUAAGCGCCGCCGAGAAAAUACAGUCCGCCUGGAAACAGCAAAGAAACUCGAGGCGGAGCGCAAGGCCAACCAUGCAUCAGACUCUGCUGAAAGGGAAAAAUUUCUGCGUGAAGCUGAAAAGGCUCAGAAGAAAAUCAAAGGAGUCAAGAGGGCUCUGGAAAGAGGUAACCAGCCCGAAGAGAUUAGUGAAGUCACACCCCUUGCCCCAAAUAUGGAGGGUGGCACGACUAGUUCAUUCCAUAUCGGUAAAGGAAGCUCUUCGUCUGCGAAGAGAAAAGCAGCACGCGCUGCUCAGGCCUCUUCUCGCCCGAAGAAAGCGAAAGAAAAGAAACAGGCGGAGAAGGAUGCUGCCGAGGCGGCACACUUGGCAAUGGAGAGAGAUGAACUGAUUGCAAUUGCGCCUAAAGAGGACCCUCGCCGAGAUUACCUGAGGAAAGAAGCCAAAGGCGGUCGCUCCAAAGAAGCCACGCCAAUUCCUGGCAAUGCUUUCGAGUCGAAAGGUUAUAACCAAAUCUAUGAGCAAAUCUGGCGCGAUAUUGCGAGGAAGGAUAUUCCAAAAGUUUAUCGUAUCAAAACCGUGUCGCUCAGCACCCGUCAAGAAAACCUUCGUAAGACUGCACAGCUUGCGAGCAAACAGUCACGCAAGUGGCAGGAGCGUACCAACAAGAGCAUGAAAGAUACACAGGCCCGAGCCAAGCGAACCAUGCGUGAGAUGAUGUCUUUCUGGAAGCGCAACGAACGCGAGGAGCGAGACUUGCGUCGCAUGGCAGAGAAACAGGAGCUCGAAAUGGCCAAGAAGGCAGAAGCUGACCGUGAAGCCAACCGACAGAAGCGGAAGCUUAACUUCCUUAUCUCCCAGACUGAACUUUACUCACAUUUCAUUGGUCGUAAAAUCAAAACGGACGAGGCUGAACGAACUGCUACUGCUGCUGAUGCAUCAGUCGAUACCACCGGCGAAACCGUGCGGCCAGGCAAACCAGGAGCUCAUACCAUCGACCUUCCCGAUAGUGUUGCAGAUACCAAAGCCAAGGUUACCGCUUUUGAAGACCUUGAUUUCGAUGCGGAAGACGAGACAGAACUCCGCAAUGCUGCUAUGGCUAAUGCUCAAAACGCUGUGGAGGAGGCCCAGGCACGUGCACGUGCUUUCAACAACCAGGAUGAUCCAAUGGCAGCACUUGACGAAGGAGAAAUGAACUUCCAGAACCCAACUAGUUUGGGUGACAUUCAGAUCUCACAACCGAACAUGCUUACGGCUCAACUCAAGGAAUACCAACUUAAAGGCCUCAACUGGCUGGUCAACUUGUACGAACAGGGUAUCAACGGUAUUCUGGCGGAUGAAAUGGGUCUUGGAAAGACAGUUCAGUCAAUCUCCGUCAUGGCAUAUCUCGCUGAGGUCCACAACAUUUGGGGUCCAUUCUUGGUCAUUGCUCCAGCAUCUACACUGCACAAUUGGCAACAGGAAAUCACAAGGUUUGUUCCUGAUAUCAAAGUGCUCCCAUACUGGGGUUCCGCUAAAGACCGAAAAAUUCUCCGUAAGUUCUGGGAUCGCAAGCAUUUGACAUACACCAAAGAGUCGGAAUUUCAUGUCUUGGUCACGUCUUAUCAGCUUGUUGUCUUGGACGCCCAGUACUUCCAGAAAGUUAAGUGGCAGUACAUGAUUCUCGACGAAGCCCAAGCUAUUAAGUCGUCGCAAAGCUCACGGUGGAAGAAUCUGCUAGGCUUCCACUGCCGCAAUCGGCUUUUGCUUACAGGUACUCCUAUUCAAAACAAUAUGCAAGAGCUGUGGGCACUUCUGCACUUUAUCAUGCCUACUUUAUUCGACUCGCACGAUGAGUUUAGCGAGUGGUUCUCGAAAGACAUUGAGUCUCAUGCACAAAGUAAUACGAAACUUAAUGAAGACCAACUUAGGCGUCUUCACAUGAUUCUCAAACCGUUUAUGCUUCGCCGUGUUAAAAAACAUGUGCAGCAGGAGCUUGGAGACAAAGUUGAAAAGGAUGUUUUCUGUGAUCUGACUUAUCGUCAGCGAGCUUACUAUUCCAACCUUCGAAAUCGGGUUAGUAUCAUGGACCUUAUUGAAAAGGCUGCUGUGGGUGAUGAAGCAGACAGCACUACGUUGAUGAACUUGGUCAUGCAAUUCCGUAAGGUUUGCAACCACCCUGACCUGUUUGAGCGUGCCGAGACCCGAUCGCCGUUUUCUAUGGUACAUUUUGCAGAGACGGGAUCCUUCUUGCGUGAGGGCCAAAAUGUUGAUGUUCGAUAUUCGACACGCAAUAUUGUCGAAUACGAACUGCCGCGUCUAUUGGUCAGCGAUGAUGGCCGCAUAGAUAUCCCAGGGCCGAACAACGUCAAGGCUGGCUUCCAAAACAAAUAUCUUUCUCACCUCAUGAAUAUCUGGACUCCUGAAAACAUACAGACCAGUAUUGCGGAUGAUGGAGCCUUUUCCUUCCUUCGAUUUGUGGAUGUUUCUCCAAAGGAAGCUUAUGAAACGUCCCAUAUCGGACUUUUUGAACGUGCUAUUCGUCAACGUGGCAUAUCAAACCGAUUUUCUCGAUUGAAAGUGGCUUAUGAGAAGUCUGAGGGUGAUAAUGUGAACGAUAUCUUACAACAUUCUCUCUUCAAUGUGGCUGACCGUGUUGACCAAACUGCUCUGUAUGAGUCGACUAAUGAGGGAUAUAUGCGGGAUCUAUUACAUGUGUCACGAAAAGCUUUUGAGAACGACGGCCUUCCCAUGAUUGAACCUGCAGCUCGCCCUGUGGCGGCUGCGCCACCAAUCACCAUAUCUUGCUCUGGCCAGGCUGCGAUUAGGGAAACACAGAAUAUUUUAUUCAACGUGGCUGCGCGCCAGGCACUCUUCGCCCUCCCGAGUCGGCAACUAGAUGAACAGAUUGUUGAAAAGAAAUUGGAUCCUACGCCCUAUUCAUAUCCUGCGAUGUUACCUGAACCGAUAUCUUCUAAAGGCCGUUAUACCAAGAUUGAAGUACCAUCCAUGGGCCGCUUCGUGACCGACUCUGGAAAAUUGGCUAAACUAGAUGAGCUUCUUCGUGAACUCAAGAACGGCGGUCAUCGUGUGCUGUUAUAUUUCCAAAUGACUCGAAUGAUCGACCUCAUGGAAGAAUACCUGACUUAUCGCAACUACAAAUACUGCCGUCUCGACGGAAGCACCAAAUUGGAGGACCGUCGUGACACUGUCGCGGACUUCCAAAAUCGCCCGGAUAUAUUCGUAUUCUUGCUUUCGACGCGUGCUGGUGGUCUUGGUAUCAAUCUUACGGCAGCUGAUACUGUCAUUUUCUACGACUCAGAUUGGAAUCCAACCAUUGAUUCACAAGCUAUGGACCGAGCGCAUCGUCUUGGUCAAACGCGACAGGUUACGGUGUACCGUCUCAUUACUCGCGGUACUAUUGAGGAACGGAUUCGCAAGCGUGCUCUGCAAAAGGAAGAAGUCCAACGUGUGGUCAUUUCUGGAGGCGCACCUGGCGGCGUGGACUUCAACACUCGCCAUCGCGAUAAUCGCACAAAGGACAUUGCUAUGUGGCUCGCUGAUGACGAGCAAGCCGAAUUACUGGAGCAGAAAGAACGGGAAGCAAUGGAACGCGGCGACGAACCUGGUAUUAAGAAAGGAAAGAAGACCCAGCUAAAGAAGAAGAAAGACAUUACAUUGGAUGAUAUGUAUCAUGAAGGUGAGGGUCACUUUGACGACGUCAGCGCGAAGCCCUCUGGAGCGGCAACUCCAGUUUCUGGAGAGAAUCCUGCAGCAGCGACACCAACGUCGCCCAUUCUUUCCAAGAAGCGCGGCCGUGGACCGGGCAAAGGCGUAUCCAAGCGUGCAAAGACAACCAAGGAGCGUUUGCGUCUCAUUGAUGGAGACCGCGAUAUAGACGAGUGA